AUGAUCCUUCGGUCACCCUGCUGGCUUUCGCUCGCCCUCGCCUUCACGGUCUUGCUGCUGCAGUACGGUCGGGUAAAAGGAGACGCAGACAUUGAAAGUGUAAGGAUACAUCAUGAUUACGAAGAUAUGAGUGGGAGAGGUGGAGACCCCAAGGCGAAGUAUUGGCAUGAGUCGGUCUUCCAUCCACACUACGAUGGCCGCUUCACCGACCACACCCUCGAUUACGAGGAACAAAAAGCAAACCUGUCCCUCCUCAUGCAAUCAUACCUCUCGUCAAUGUCAGAUAUAGGCGCAGAAACAUGGAUCAUACACGGCACGCUCUUAGGCUGGUGGUGGAACCAAAAAAUCAUGCCCUGGGACUCCGACAUCGAUGUGCAAAUGACCAAUACUACAGUCCAUAUGCUCGCCAGGUACUACAACAUGACUAUCCAUACUUUCGAUAUUGGUGAUGAUGAGAAGAGGGAUUAUAUGUUAGAGGUCAACCCAAAGUAUACAGACCCGUCAUAUGAUGACACUCUCAACGUGAUCGAUGCAAGAUGGAUAGACAUCGAGACGGGCCUAUUCAUCGACAUAACGGCUGUGCGGCCACACCAGAGCAAAAAGGGAAUCAUAUGCUCCAAAGACCAGCACGAAGAAAAAGUCCAAGACCUCUUCCCUCUCCGCGACUCCCUCUUCGAAGACCAAGCCGUCAAAAUCCCCUAUAACUACGCUCGCCUGCUCACGCAAGAAUACGGCAAUGCUGCCCUCACAAAGGCCGAAUACUCGGACCACCGCUUCAACUCUACCAGCAUGGAGUGGGAGAAAUUCAUGUCAGUGAGCUCCCAAGAGAAAAUUGCUUGUCACGUUUCGCAGGCACUGCUGCGUGGUGGGAGAAGAGGAAGGAAGAAAUGCGCUGGCUGA